AUGUUGACGUUGAAGGAGAUCCUGACCCGUCGGUCAGUGGCGGCGACGAUCCGCUUAACAGUUCCAGCCAGGGGAGCUCGGCGGGCACCUCCGGUAAGGCCGGCGUUGGGUCAAUACAAGCUCAAUCUGAUGGCCUUCUGCAAGGGUUUCAAAGCCAAGAUCCAAAAGUACAAGCCCGACACUCCUAUGGCCGAUGCCAUCAUAGCCUUCAAGGACAACACCUUCGAGUUCACCAUCAGGUCGCCGUCAGUCACGUGGUACCUAAAGAAGGCGGCAGGGUUGGAGAAGGGGAGUGGGCGCCCCGGUCACAUGAUGGCUUUCUCCUUGACCUUGAAGCACGUGUACGAGAUUGCCAAGGUGAAGCAACAGGAUCCCUAUUGCCAGUAUAUGCCUCUAGAGUCCAUUUGUAAGUCUAUAAUCGGAACUGCUAAUGCCAUGGGGAUUAAAGUCUAG